AUGACGACAUAUGUUCGACUCGUCAAGGUAUGUUAUUUGUGGCUAUGCAAUGAGGGAGACUCAGCCGGUCUCAGCGGUCCUCGGAAAAUUCUUACGGUGGCUGCUCCGAAACCCAAGUACAUAGAACCUAUUCUUCUGGCUACGUCUCGAGGCUACAAGGAUCCGGAUUUUGUUUCCGUAAUGGAGGCUCUCAAACCGAGACUACGAGACAGGGCUUGGUCUAUUGCUUUCAAGGCACUGUUGGUGAUUCAUAUCAUGAUUCGUGAAGGUGAGAGCGAUGUUACCCUGAGGUAUCUCUCGGCUCACUCCUCAAUGCUCGUGACUCAGAAUGUCUCUUCUGAAACUGCCGUUUCGCAUGCAGAUAUCCGGAAUCUCAAACACUACUCCAAGUAUUUGAUAGCCAGAGCUCAGGAGUAUGGAAGAGUUCAUUUCGAUUACAUCAGGGACGAUACCCGGAGCUCAAGAAACUGGAGUUCUAAAAAGGAAGAGGGCGGGAAGCUGAGACAGCUUUCUGUUGAAAAGGGUUUAUUAAGAGAAGUUGAAAGUGUUCAGUCACAAUUGGAGACGCUGCUGAAAUGUAAGUUCUCCGAGCAGGAUAUCAACAAUGAUCUGGGAUUGCUGUGUUUCAAGAUGUUGGUGAGAGAUCUUCUGCCUUUGUACCAGGCUUUGAAUGAAGGUCUGAUCAACAUGCUCGAGCAUUAUUUUGAAAUGAGUAAGGUUGAUGCUGAAAGAGCUCUGGAGAUCUACAAGGCAUUCAGCAGGGAGACUGAGGAUGUCGUCGCUUAUCUGAGAGUGGCUAAGCAUCUGGAAUAUCAGACUGGUCUCACCGUUCCUACGAUCAAGCAUGCGCAGACCGGAUUAGCAGCGUCUUUGGAAGAGUACUUGAAUGAUCCAGAUUUUGAGAUCAAUCGCAGACAGUAUCUGGCCGGUAAGGACGGUAAAGCCGCGGUUGCGAAUGGAAGGCUUUCGCCUGUCAAGGAGACUCAGAUUAGAGAAACCUCUCCUGCUAUUGAACCACUGACUGGCCAGGUUGAGAAUGUUUAUAGUCCGUUUGCCCAGCAACAGAUGCAACAGCAGCAGAUGCAGUCUCAACAGCAACAGUAUGAACAGGCUCAGCUUCAGCAAGAGCAAUUCCAGCAGCAACAGCUCCAGCAGGCUCAAUUUGCUCAGCAACAGCAACAAGCUCAAGCUCAAGCUCAAGCUCAAGCUCAGGCUCAGGCUCAGGCUCAAGCUCAGGCUCAGGCUCAGGCUCAAGCUCAGGCUCAGGCUCAAGCUCAGGCUCAGGCUCAAGCUCAGGCUCAGGCUCAGGCUCAGGCUCAGGCUCAGGCUCAGGCUCAGGCUCAGGCUCAGGCUCAGGCUCAAGCUCAAGCUCAAGCUCAAGCUCAGGCUCAGGCUCACCAACAAAAGUCUGUUGCUAACGGAUUGCCUGCUCAGCAGACUGGAUUCAACCCCUGGGAUCCAAACGGAUUUGGCUUCUCCAAUCAGCAGAUUCAGCCAGUUCAAACGGGUUUCACAGGUCAACCACAAUCACACGUGCAACAGCUUCCAAACGCUACUGGCACUUUCAGUUCCCAACCCACGCUGAACCCAGCUUUCACUGGUGCUGGUUUCGGUGGUUAUGGAAUGCAGCCAAUCCAAUCGUCUGUUCCAUUACCAACCAUUAGAGGAGAACCGAACAGUUUGGCAACCCAGGCUACUGGCACCAAUCCCUUUACCAAUGGCUUCUCCAACCAGCCAAUCCAGAGAAACACGACAUCAUCAAAGAGGAACAGUUACAACCCAUUUGCAUUGAACCAGCAAGAAGCCGCCAAGUCGACUUCGUUACAGACGCAGUCCACUGGAACCAACCCAUUCUCGAACACCAGGUUCUCUACAGGAACCACCACCACACCAUUCACUUUUACAGGUCAACAGACCGGGGCCGCAAGUUCCACUCGUCCAUUGAGUAUGAUGUCUACCGGUACUAAUCCAUUCCGUUCGGCUGCUCCUCCUCAACAACCUCAACAGGUCCAGGUCUCGGCUCUGAGACCUCAGCCUACCGCAGGAGGUCUUGAGAAUCUGCCAACCGUGCCAGUAUUUCCAGAAACGCAGAGACAAUAUGUCCAAGACCAGGCUCAGUUGAAGGCAGGAAUGGACCUGCAGAGACAGAAAAGUACCAUUCUGCAACAGAGUGCUGGCUCUAACGGAUUUUCAAGUCAGCCGGUAGGAUUCCAGCAGACUGGGUUCACGAACCAGCCAACCGGAUUUGCGAACCAGCCAACUGGAUUUAACCAGCAGCCAACUGGAUUUAACCAACAGCCAACUGGAUUUAACCAGCAACCAACGGGGUUCGCUGGCCAAAAUGGGUUUACUAAUCAGCAACCCAACGGAUUCAAUGCUCCGCUUCAAAAUGGCUUUACCAAUCAACCUCUUGGAUUCUCGAACCAGCAGACUGGAUUUGCCCAGCAACAGAACCAGAUACAGCAGCAUACUGGGUACAAUGGUCCCAGUUUAAUUUGA